CUGAUUGAUUGUGCUGGCAGCUACCAUGAGUGUGAUCGCGGCGUGCAAGCAAUAGCUGUAGAUGAUUCUGGCGAUACUGAUACGAUCUACAAUCACAACUAAGUCACCGCCUUCAAUAUACACACCUCCAAGAUGACGCAAGACCACACUGACUGAACCGCAAGUCGAUUCUAUCAGUAACACGAGAGUCAAUCCAUAUGCGACUGAUCAGUUCGGUUCUCAUUUUAGCGAGGCGUCCCCUGACCACGAACACUACGACCACGGCCAUGGCAAGCAAUAAACUAACGGAGUUAUUGGCUGCAUACGAUCCCCCAGAAUGGGCCAAGACGUUGAAGAGGAUACCGGAGUGCAAAGUCAAGUUGUCCAUGUAUGACACACCCAUUCAUCCGUGGAAUAUUCCUGGUAUUCCAAAUGAGUUUAAACUCCAUAUAAAACGGGAUGAUCUGACAGGAAGCACUUUGUCUGGAAAUAAGGUUAGAAAGUUAGAAUUUCUGCUGGGUGAAGCCGUGAAUACAGGUUGUACUUCAAUAAUAACAUGUGGCGGUAUCCAGUCAAACUUUGCCCGAUCAGCGGCAGUAGCAGCGAGGCAACUGGGUCUUGAAUCACAUUUACUUCUGAGAUCUGAGGGGACGGAUCCUGACUUGAUUGGAUGUGAAGGUAAUUUACUGCUUAAUCGAAUGGUUGGUUCACAUAUAUAUCUCAUUCCAAGAACAUGCAAAUAUGAACCAGAUAUCAGAGUAAGAAUGGAAAAACUGGCACAGAAAAUAGACGAUGGAGGUGGUAAAUCUUACCCGAUGGAGGUUGGUGGAUCAACUAUCACUGGAUUAUUUGGAUAUAUAGAAGGCUUUAGAGAAUUGAUGAGACAGAAUGUUUUGGAAGAUUUUGAUGAUCUAGUUUUCACUAUCGGCAGUGGAGGCACAGCUGCUGGUUUAGCAAUAGGAAACUACCUGACUGGCUCAAAACUAAAGUGUCAUGCCUUUGCAGUGUGUGAUAAUUCCACUUACUUCCAUGGACACGUUAAUGCUACGCUAGCUGCAGCUGGCUUGAGUCAGCAAGUCAAAUCUGAGGAUAUUCUUGAUGUCAUUGAAGGUGCGAAAGGUCGAGGUUACGGGCUCUCGACAGAUGAAGAAUUAGAAUUUAUCCUGAAAGUAAGUACAACUACUGGCAUAAUGAUUGAUCCUGUGUAUACUGGUAAAGCCACCAAGGCAUUAGUGGAGGAAUUAAAUAACAAUCCAUCAAGAUUCAAAGGAAAGAGAAUUUUAUUUGUUCAUACAGGAGGUCUAUUUGGUUUAUUUGAUGGACGGAUUAAUAAUUUAUUGAAAAAGACUGGUUCACCAACAAAUCGAGUUUAUAACUGGAUGGAUUCAGAAGAACUGCCAUAUAUGGAGUCAUAA